AGGUAAGAGAGCGUGGACCAUGCGUGCCUGCGGCUGGUUAAAGAAAGAAGAGGCUUAUGUUCGUUUGUUCGCCAGAGCCCCAAGAGAAACGACUUCGAAGUUGCUUCCAUAAUCACCGGAAAAAGGGCGCCGGAGGAAGAAUAGAAAAGCGAGAAAAUGGCAUUGAAGUUCUUGAACAAGAAGGGAUGGCACACAGGAAGCCUGAGGAACAUAGAGAACGUUUGGAAAGCGGAGCAAAAACAUGAUGCCGAGCAGAAGAAGUUGGAGGAGCUCCGCAAACAAAUUCAGGAGGAGAGGGAGCGCGCCGAGUUUCGUUUUCUUCAGGAGCAGGCUGGACUCGUUCCUAAGCAGGAGCGACUGGAAUUCCUUUAUGAUUCGGGGCUAGCUGUCGGGAAGGCCAGCAGUUCCGAUGGAUUCAAGGCUCUUGAAACUUUCCCCAAGACCGAUACUUCUAACAAUGCUAACGCACCUUCCUCCUCAACUGCCACUGCCAAGCAGCAGACAUCAUCUGCACCCGGUGCUUUAUUUGAAGAGAAGCCUCACUCUGCCAAUGAUACUUGGAGGAAACUUCAUUCUGAUCCAUUGCUUAUGAUCCGUCAGCGUGAGCAAGAAGCCCUUGCCCGCGUCAAGAACAACCCCAUCCAGAUGGCCAUGAUUCGUAAAUCUGUUGAAUCCAAGAAGCUGAAGAAGGCUCAUGAUAAGAAGCAAUCAAGGAAGAAGCACCGGCAUGGUAGUUCAAAGCGUAAUACACAUUCAUCACCGGGACAGAAAUCAGAUUCAGAAGAUGCUAGCUGUGAAGGGGCAAAUAGGAGAACAUAUACUCACAAGAAAAGAUAUAAUGAAGGUUCAGAUUCAGAAACUGAUUCUGGUAAAAAAAGACGGGGCAAGAAGAACCGCAGUGAGGACUCAAAGUACAAAGACUCAUCAACUGGGGUCCUACCAGAAUCAAAAAACACAAAAUUUGAUGGUCGAGAUGCUGUCAGGAGAAAUUAUGAAGCGAGACCUUCUGAUGCAUCUCUUAAGGCACUUCGUCAGGAAUCACAUAAUAGGCGCCAUAAUGCUGCCCCUAAGCUUUCAGAAGAAGAGCGAGCUGCUAGGCUGAGGGAGAUGCAAGCAGAUGCAGAUUUGCAUGAAGAGCAAAGAUGGAAACGUCUUAGAAAGGCCGAGGAAGCUGAUGCACAGGAGGCCACUAGGUGUGCUACUUCUGGUGGCAGGAAUUUCCUGGAUGCUGCCCAUAAAAGUGUUUAUGGCACUGAUAUGGGAGGAAGUGCAACAAUAGAGGAGAGUGUCCGUCGCAGAACACACUAUUCACAAGGCAGAUCCGAAGCACGCGAAGGCAAUGCUUUCCGGCGGUGAAGCAAUUAGGAAGUAGGAAGUUCAGAGGGAAUGUGGGAUUGCACUUGAGGUACAGGGGAGUGGAUUCUUGUUACUUCAAUAAUGUGUAUUAUCUUUUCCUUACAAUGACAAAAAAUUCAAAAUAUUAUGUGUGACCUAAUAUUUAAGUGCUUGCAUUAUUAAUUUAUGAAGCCAAUUGAAUGAA